CCACGUUGCAAACUUUCCUACGCUGGCUGCUCUGUUACGAGGGGAGACAGAGAGAGGGGGAUAAAAAAACACGGCGGCGUCCUGGAUCGAAGUGAACGAGGGAUGAUCAAUGAGCUGCAGGGCACGUUAGAGAAGCGGCCAGGAUCGUCGAAAAGGAUUCCAAGGAGGUGACAUUUGGCUUCUAUGGAUUGCCUUUUAUCCUAGCAAGCUGCAGAUGGGUACCGAGGGCGGUGGGUCACAUGAGGCCGUUUUUCACCCCUCUACACAGGAAAUAGAAUUAUGGAUGCAAAAGGCAUUUGAUAUGGCUAAAAAUGCUUUAGACAAUGGUGAAGUACCAGUUGGAUGCUUUAUGGUGUAUAACAAUAACAUUCUGGGCAGAGGAAGAAAUGAAGUCAAUGAAACUAAAAAUGCAACUCGACAUGCUGAAAUGGUGGCCAUCGAUCAGGUACUGGACUGGUGUCGUCAUAAUAAUAAAGACCCAGCUGAUGUUUUCCGGAGCACCGUUUUAUAUGUCACAGUGGAGCCAUGCAUCAUGUGCGCUGGAGCUCUUCGUUUACUGAAUAUUGCUUUGGUUGUGUAUGGCUGCAAAAACGAAAGAUUCGGAGGAUGUGGCUCUGUUCUCAACAUACCUGCAGACCAUUUGCCACACACUGGGGCUCCUUUUAAGUGUAUCUCUGGCUAUAGAUCAGAAGAAGCAGUGGAGCUCUUAAAAAUGUUCUACAAACAAGAGAACCCAAACGCUCCCAAAUCCAAGGUUAGGAAGAAGACUGACGAUGCAUCACCAGAAGGAGGCGCCAUUGACUCAGAAAUGCAAUCAUGAAGGACAUUUGAAGUAAAAGAGAGCAAACUUUAUUAGGCUUGUGGGCUUCUAGAGAAACUGGACUCAUCUGCUUAAUCCUAAGUAAAGAUAUUUUAAUGCAUUGUUUUUUUAUUGCUUUGAAAAGGAAAUGCAUAGUUCAAAGUUAUAUAGUUUGUAGCUUUUAAGAGAAGAGAGACCACAAAAACUUUUGUUUUCCUUUCUCCAAACUUAAUAUUGAGUUCUAACUGGAAUUAGUUGUUUUCUAAACUGUAUAUCAUUUUUAUUUUGUUGUUACAUGGGGGGCAGAGAACAUUGUGUGCUGUAAAUUAUGUGGGCAAGAAGAAAGGAAAUAUAAUAGUUUAUUUUUAUGUAAUUCAUCCUAAAAACCAUAGUUAUUACAGUCAUCUGUUUAUGUCUCUCCUUUAUGUGUUUGUUUCUAGUUUUACAUUUUAGCAGUAGACCACGUACUGCAUUUUUAUCUGUAUAUAUUUUUAAAACUAAAGUUAAUGGAAAUUAUUUUAUCCAUAGUGACAUUUUAUAGGAGGAUAACAUUUUUGAAAUAAUGAAAAAUGUAUAUUUUUUUGUUAGUCAAGAACUUUCUAUGCAUAUUUAAUUGAACGCCUAAAAAACUGUUUCUUGUGCUUUGCUUUGUAUUCUUAUCACUUGCCUCUUUGUCAAGUGUUGAUCAUUAGCCCCACCCAUUCUAUCACUCUGUCAUCAGCCCCACCCACUUUAUUCAUCUAUCUUUAACCCCACCCUCUAUCUUUAGCUAUCAUUUUAUUAGCAGCCCCAAACACUUUAGGAAUUUAUUAUUAGCUCCACCCACUUUAUUAAUUUAGCUGCCCGAGUCUUUCCUCAACAAAAAGUGUUUUGUUGCUAAUUUCUUUUUUAUUUGUCGAAAAUGCUGAUUUCAGAUCAAUAAAAGACUUUUAACUAGCCGUGACAGUUGAUAUUGCAUUGUUUCAGAUGUAUUGAUUUACGUAACUGAUAUUCAUAUUUGUUAGACUUUUUCUUGCACAGUUUUGGGUACUGUGCACUGUUUCACAACCCCAAAAAUUUCACUGCACUUUGUACAUAUGACAACAGGGGUGGACCAAUUGUCAAUGCAUGUGAUAGUCUAGUGGGCUACCAGGUUUGCAAAGCCGCUAGGCCCGGAACGCUUUCUGGUAGCCCAGCUUUAUAUACAGGGUGGAGGUUACCAGCAGCUUUAUACAGCUUUUUUAUAAAGUUUUUUUGUACACGGGUGCAUGACACUCUUACCACAAUAUAAACACAGCAUCUUAGAAGAGAAUAUUUUUAAGAAAUAGAUGAUUUUUAAAGGAUUAUGUCAUGUUGAUCUG